UGCAUCUGCCAUCUAUUUUGCAAACAUCCAAAAUAGGCACGAUCGCAGCUAAACCCGUUCGGUUAGCAAGCCAUUGUCCGCGCUAGAAAGCAUAAUGACAUAACCACCAAACCGCCAAACCUCACCGCGUCUCCACUCCCCAAACACGACAACCAUGGACUCGCAAGCAGAAACCUGUACAUGCGCGCAAUGCCUCUCCUCCGCAUCCCCUACACGGACCCUCUCCCUCUUCCGAAGAUAAUCCCUGCGAGCGCCACCACAGCGAGCGGUGCCAUUGCCGCGUUGGUGGAAUUUCUAUCGCCCUCGUUACCCACAUCGAACAGUAGUACUUCACGAUUCGCGUCAUCGUUGCAGCGACGAGAUGGAAAUGGCAAGACGCUCCUGCUUACCGGGGCGGGCAUCUCGGUGGCGUCUGGCUUAGCGGAUUAUCGUGGCGCGAAUGGGACGUAUACGCUGAACAAGACGUACAAGCCCGUGUUCUACAACGAGUUUUGCGCGAGCCAUGAGGCGAGGAAGAGGUACUGGGCGAGGAGUUUCCUAGGGUGGACGAAUCUGGAUAAGGCGAGCCCGAAUAGGGCGCAUGCGGCUUGUGCGGAGUUGGGACGGAUGGGUGUUGUCGGGGAGGUCAUCACGCAAAAUGUUGACUCCUUCCACCCAACCGCACACCCACAUCUCCCCACCACCGAACUCCACGGCUACCUCCGCUCCCUCGUCUGCAUAACAUGUCGCAACGAAUACCCCCGUCCCGCGUUCCAGAAACAGCUCGCAACCCUGAACCCCGCAUGGGCCGUCUUCCUCGAAGAAAUGCUCGCCUCCGGUGCCCUGGACACGGAGAAUCCAGAGGAGCGGCGCAAAAGAGGUUACAAAGCCAAUCCAGACGGCGACGUCGACGUACCCGAUGCCCCAUACACUACUUUCAGAUAUCCCGCGUGUCCGGUGUGCUUGAAGAAGCCGCCUAGCAAACCGGGCGGAGGGACUGUGAAGGUGCAGGUUGACAAGGAUGGGGCGUGGUCACCGGAUAGCGAGGGUGGUGUGUUGAAACCUGCUGUCAUUAUGUUUGGCGAGAGUAUUCCUGCAGAGACAAAGGCUACUGCUGAGAAGGCUGUUGAUGAGGCGUCGAGGAUUUUGGUCAUUGGGAGUAGUCUCGCGACGUAUUCGGCGUGGAGAUUGGUCAAGAAAGCGAAAGAGCAGAACACGCCAAUUGGUAUUUUGAAUAUAGGUGGUGUGCGGGGCGAGGAAGCGUUCUUCCCUGAUGUGACAGAGCGCAACACAGGGAGGGAGGCGGUCAGGUGUUCGGAGAAUGUGGAACAGCUUCUACCGCAGGUUGUUGAGAUUCUAGCAGGAAUGAAAAAGGGACGGUGAAGGUUUCAGCCUAGACACCCGAGCCUGUCUAGACAUCAAAAUACAACAAAAUGGCUUUCCAUCCCAUCCCACAAUUGCUUCAUCAUCUCUCCAGUCUUUUCUCUUUGAUGAACCAAGCAAAGAACGAACUUCCAGCUACCAAUACGAUGCUGACGCCCAACGCGGCCCUUGUAGCGUCACCGUAACACUCUUUCACGAUCUCUUUGAGAUGAGGUUCCAGACUCUUGAAGUACGACAGGCUGGCUCGAACACGCUCAGCAAUCUCCUCGGCGUCCUUGUCGCCAUUGAGGGCAGAUUGCAAAGACUUGCGCAAUGUUUGAUUGAAGGCCGUUGCGCACAUGGAGAUACCGAAGACGGAGCCCAGGGAGCGAAAGAGGUAGCUGCAAGCUGUAGCUACGGCUUGGUCGGUAUGGGAUGCGUUUGCGA